AUGGUGUCUAAAAUAUUCAUCGUUAUUUUAUUCACCUCGUUGGCUUUUGUUAUUAACGAUGUCGAGGCUGACGGAUGGAAGUUUUGGAAAAAAAGUUCAACGACAACGACUUCAACAACAACCGAAUCCUCGCCAGUCGGUUCAGUGAAUCCGAAUUCGGGUGUAGGUCAAGCUAUAGCUAACGCGGGUAAUCCAAGUCUCGCGGUGGGUGCCAAUAAUGCGGGAACUAUUCGAACCUCGACCACACCGAGACCACGGCUACCAAACCCCGGAACGGAAGUUGGCUUGGAGGGAGCGAAUUCCAGACCUAAACUUAAUAACCAAGACUACCGAAACUUGGCAAUUGAUUUAACGGGUGCUGCUGAACCAGCAAGACAACCGUCCAAGCCAGGAUCACCCUCCAGUCCUGGUGCUGGAGCUGCAGUCGGUGCAGCUACUGUUGGUGUCGGUGCAGCUGCAAUUGCUGGGGGAUCUAAGAAAGUUUACUCAAGCAACCCUAUUUACAGCAAAGGGAAUACUGUUACUGACGACGACUUGGAGAAACUGUCCGAAGCUUUGUUCUUGAAAGACAACAACAACGCUUUUAAUUUGUUAAAGGUUAAUCCAGCAGCGUUACAAAUUCCAACAAUUUCAAAAGUCCUGACAAUAUACGAUAAUUAUCAGCUGGACACAAGGAUAAACGAACACAUAAGUCCUCUCCAACGCACAGAAGAAAGCCUUCUCGUUGACACAUUCCUCAGUACAAAUGUUAUGUCAGCGGCAAUGAGAUUCCUAGCGGAUAAAGGCUUUCUUAAACAAGAUUAUUAUGAGUACAAAGACACUCUGAGGAGACUGUGGUUCAACUUAUACUCAAGAGGCGAGGGUAAAAUUGGAUCAUCUGGAUUUGAGCAUGUUUUCCUAACGGAACUCAAGCUAGGGACGGAAAUUAGUGGCCUGCACAAUUGGAUUUAUUUCAACGCCGAAGAAGCUAAAAAUAAAAUCAACUACCUUGGAUACAUCAAAAAAUUAGAUCUCGGUGAUAAAGGUGCAAUUUUGAAAAUACACGCAAAGUUCAAUGAUAUCGACAAACCAGUGACAACAAUGUUUGUUGGAACAUCACCGGAACUAGAAAUGGCUCUUUAUACUGUUUGUUUCCUCACGCGACCUGAUAGCUCAUGCCCCGUGUCACUGGGUGGCUCUAAAUUCAAUAUUGUCACUCACAAAUUCAGAUAUCGCGGUAAUGAUUUAAUUGGAUCCGCGUAUCCCGCUCUGUAA